AUGGUUAGAACUAGAGAAGUUAAUCGAGAAGGUAAAAGAAGAAAAACUGUAGAACCUAAAAAUGAAGCGUACUUGGAGGAGAAUAAUGAUGUGUAUAGUGUCGAGGAAGGUGAAAGAGAUGAUCCCCAUGUUUCUGAGGAGUCUGGUGGUGAUGAAAAUGCUGAUCCCUUAUCAGUGCCAUAUUGUGCAAGGACAAUUGACGUCGACAAGUAUGGUCUGAUCAAUUGGCUGGAUGAUUACGAAUCGUUUCCAGCAAAAGUUUGGAUUAUGAGUAGGCUGACAUUGCUUGUUGAUUUUAAAACAUUGAUAAAAGAUCAUAAACUUAGGAAAAUGUUCAGGCAUUCCUGUUUUGGUCACUUAAGAAAAAUAUCAGAACACUUCAAUAGAUUCAAUGGAAUGUUGGUGCACUAUGCGACACAAAAUCUUCAUACCAUAGAAAAGCAAAGUAAUCCUAAAAGGAGGAUCUCUACCUAUAAACCAAACAUAUGGAAAUAUGAUCAUUUACUUUCUCUUACAAGUGAAUAUUCUAAAAAGAAGUACAAAGUUGAAGCUAAGAAGCUGAAAAAGGAAGUGAGUUGCACUUUUUCAAACACUGUUAGUCCACUGGCCCUGCUGGAACUUGUUGAUAGAAUUGACAAAUUUGGCCUCAGUAGUUACUUCGAGGUUGAAACGAAGGAAGCUUUGGAAAAGAUAAUUAAGUGCAUGAACAGUGGUGCUAAUUAUUCAAGCUCAACGGAUGAGGAUCUCUAUGCUACUGCAUUGUGCUUCAGGCUCCUCAGGGAACAUGGCUACCAUGCUUCACAAGAUAUGUUAAAGGGCUUGUUCGCUGGCAAAGGGAAACUCAUGACACAGAAAGUCUCAGAUAUCAAAACAUUACUGGAACUUUUGGAAGGGUCAUAUCUGAGCAUGGAUGAUGAAAACUUACUAAACGACAAAAGAAUUUUUUCAACCAAAAACCUCAAGAAUUUAUCUACAUCAAAUGUUGACAGAUUUAGUACUAAUGAGGAAUAUUUGAGCAAUAGCUUGAAGUACUAUCCGUUGGCAUUGAGAGUGAGAUGGUACGAUGUUAGAAGACACCUUAAUGCUCAAGAAGAACUAGAGUGUUACACGAAUCCAAUGUUGUUGAAGUUGGCAAAACUUAACUUCAAUAUUAUUCAAGCCACACACCAAAAAGAUCUCAAACAUGUGAUAAGAUGGUGGAGGAAUCUUUGCAUAGUUGAAGAUUUGUGCUUUACAAGGGACAGGAUAGUAGAAAGCUUCUUUUACGCUGUUGGAGUUACCUCAGAGCCUCAACAUGGAAGCAUGAGAAAAUGGCUCACCAAAGUGAUUCAAUUAAUUUUAAUUAUAGAUGAUGUUUAUGAUAUUUAUGGUUCAUUACCUGACGUGGAGCAAUUCACUCGUGCCAUAGAAAAGUAGGUCCUCAUA